CCGCGCAAAAUGUUUUUGUUAAAGAUUUGUUGAUUUUAAAUACUAAAGCUGUGAUACUGAUUAGUCUGAUUAAUAAACAGUUUUGAUUAUAUUUUUAUUAUUUUAAUUAAGUUUUGCCAUAUGGAUCCACCAUCUGAGCUGUCUGCUGAACAAACACAGUCUGAAGCAGAUAGAUUAUCCGAAGCUGAAACCGAAGGAGAAGAAGAAAAGGAUAAUCCGUUCUCAUCACCUCGUGAAGUUUAUGGUCGUUUAAUUGAAAUUGUCAAUAAUGAGUGUUUGGUCGAAGAGAUGUUACCAUUUGAGGAGACUGUCCUGGAAUGUAUUCUUGAACAGAUGAGAUAUAUGUCUGAAGGGUUACAACGUGUUGGCUCUAAAUUAGGAAGUUUCGUUGUUGAACAACAUAAAAUUGAACUUGGUCGCUUUGCCUUUCUUGUUAACAAAUAUUAUCGAACACGAUUAAAUAAAUUGGAAUCGAGGUGCAACGAGUUUGUUCGUCUUCUUCGCAAUGAUCCUAAACAAGCUUUCGUCUUACUUUCACCAUUGGAGGUUAAAUAUCUUGAUAACUAUGUUACCUCGAUUGAUACUUACCUAGAUGAGGUAAUCCUCAAUCAGAUGCCUGCCAAUUUGAAAAAUUUCAAGAUUGGUAAUAUUCCCGAAAACACUUCCUCCGGUGAUCAUGAAUAUGUUUUCGUCAAAUGCAAUGCAUCAACAUCCGUGACUAUCGAGGAUCCUAUUGCUGGUCAGGAAAUUGUCCACAUGAAUGAAAAUGAACAAUACUUUCUACCUUUCAGCGCGAUCAAGCCACACUUUUCAAAAGGAUCGGACAAUCUUCAUAUACUGUGAUUUAUUCUGUCUAUAUAAACAUAGAUAAAAAUAUCGAGAAACAAAUGAUCAUUGAAAUUUUCCGAUUGAUUAAGAAUUCUCAGUUUCUAACAUAACUGUUGUAUGAUAAUGAUUAUAAUGUUACGGACAAUACAAUUUAAAUUUUGAUUACUUAAAAUGAAGUUUACAAGUUUUAGUA